GGCUCUCACUCAAAAACAUAUCAUCAUCAUAUCAGUACAUUAUCCACAGACUACCAAACUAAGAAACUGAAUCGCGAAAUGAAGUGCAUCAAUUCUCAGUCUCAGCUCUCUCCACUACCCUCCCAUCACAAAUACAAACACCAAUUCUGCGAAAGUAAACCUUCUUCAAUGCGAUUGAAUCCAAAUGGCUUCUCCUUCGUGUCUCUCAGAACCAGAUCUCUGCCGCCGUCUCCCAUAUUUCUCGCCGCUACUUCUCCAGCUGCCGCCGGAAACCUAUCGGUGCUGCUCCAGACGAGUGCUGUGUGUUUAUUCGCAUACUUUGUAGCCAAUUUUGUUGUGCCGGAACUUAUUCUCAAGGAUCUCCGAUCCAAAGAGGCAAAUAAGGAUGGGGAAAAUCCGGCUGAAGAUGAAAGAUGAAAGUAAAAGCAAUGAGGCCGGAGAAGUGGAGGCUCAUGCAACGAGAUGAGUUUUUGAAUUUGAAUAGCGAAAUGAUCCUUAGUUUUUGAUGAGUUUAUAAUGAGCUACGACGAUUCAUCCUCUUCUUGGUUUUAUUGAUUUUGGUUGGUUGCAAUAAGACCACCCGACUCAGAAUUAAUUCAUUCAAUGUCAAUACUUUAUUAGCAAUUAGCAGCCGUUAAUUG